AUGCCCGAAAACAAAACGACCACCGAGGAGGGCCUUGAAGAGAUAUUCCGUCCAGAUCUCAAAUCUUCUGCGGCAGCAGAAGCGGUCAUCACGGACGUGAAGCAUCUCGCGUCUUAUAACUGGAUCAACGCAUCUGCGCCUACCAUUGCCGUUCCAGGAUGCCCACCAAAGUGGUCCCCUCCACCAGGAAGACAUCAAGUACGGAGAGACAGAGGUCUUGUCUACAUAUCACAGAAUGAUGCUCGUCAUCCGGAUAGCCCUCUCGAGCCGUUGUUUCGAUCCCUUUACAUCGAGCAUCCCGCCUUCGAUAUCCACUCUGUCGACAUUGUGACCGACCGUAAUAACAUUCGCAAGCUUCUGUGGUUUGCUGAGCCAGCUCUAUGCAAAGAUUUUGUUCGUGGUGCAUUCACUAUCUCGGUUGACAUGGCCGCCCAGACUGCGAUCUUCUCCCGCGAGGGGAUUGCUACCAAUACGAUUUCUCGGCGAAGCAGAACAAGCGGAUUCGGACAUGAGUUUGAAAAAGCGUAUACCACGGCUCAGGUCAAAGACAGCACCGGGCAUCACCGCAUCAUCUCCUACAAGCUGGGUGGUCUUAAUUUCCUCGUGCGUCAUGAGACAGAUGGAUACGUCGAGGAUUUGAAAACCAAAGCCAAGGGUCGCAAAUCAACUGAGACUAGUCUUUCCGUUGACGUGGAUACCUUGACCCUCGGAACGGACUCCGCAUCCAUGCACGCCCCGUCAAACAAAUCCAAGUUGAUCAUCAAGAGAGAAGGCCGAGUCACCCCAAGAGCAUCGACCCUCGAGAUCAAAACUCGGGCAUCUCACAACAAGCUACGUUUUGCAGCUGUUGCAGCUCAGCUUUGGGCUUCCCAAACACCCAAGCUUGUCUCUGCUUACCAUGAAAAUGGAAGAUUUUCAACUCCAAGUGUGACUGAUGUUGCUACCGCGAUACAGGAUUGGGAAAAGAAGCACCAGGAUUCAAUUGCGAAAUUCGUUGCAUUGAUCAACCACAUCCUAAGAGUGACUAGAGGCUGGGGUGGGAGUUCGACUAUUAGCUUUGACCCUCUGAAGAACAGCAUUGUGAUAACCAAAAUCGGAAGAAAGAAGCUCCUUCCAGAUGAUCUCUACGCUCGAUGGGAGACCACUGAUCCAGCCAACAUCACACAGAGUACUGCCUUGCAUACAUAG